AUGACUGCACUAGUUACAACAGUAGCAACCAUAGCAACACCAGCAACAACACCUUUUACACCUGUAGAACAUUUCUUUUCAAUAGCCCAUCAAUUAUUUGAUCAAUAUCGUACAGCUAUUUUCGUACUCACUGGAACAGUGAUAACAGCAUGGUUAUACAAUAAAUUAUGGGUGAAUCGAAAAAUGUAUCCAAGUACGCAAUCAAUGGAAGGCAAAACUGUCGUUAUUACGGGUGGUAAUGCUGGUAUUGGUUAUGAAACAGCUAAAGAUCUUCUUCAACGAGGUGCUCGAGUUAUUAUCGCUUGUCGUAAUAUGGAUAAAGGUAGUCAAGCUAUUCGACAAUUAUAUUUCGAAACAGAAUGUGAAGAAAAAAAUCUUCGAUUAAUGAAAUGUGAUUUAUGUUCAUUUGAAUCUGUUCGUAAUUUUGCUGAUUUAUAUAAUAGUGAAGAAGAAAGACUUGAUAUGUUAAUAUGUAAUGCUGGUCUUAUAUGGUCACAAUAUGCAGUUACAAAAGAUGGAUUUAAUUCUAUUAUUCAAGCUAAUUAUCUUGGAGUUCAAUCAAUUGAUUGGUUUGAUGUAUUUACACAAUUUAAAAAUUUUCAUCUAUUAGGUGUAUAUGCAUCAUCAAAAGUAUAUCAGAUAUUAUCAACUAAUAAAUUAAAACAAGAUUUACUUGCGGAAGGUGUUAAUGCAUUUUCAGUACAACUUGGUUGGAUUCGGACAUCUAUUAUGUCACCAAUGCGAGAAGCUAUUGGAAUUUAUCGAUUUAUUAUUAUCUAUCCAAUAUUACAUUUGCUAGCUGUCUUUACUAAAACACCGAAGAUUGGUGCACGAACAACUAUUUAUUGUGCGGUCGAACCUUCACUUGAACAUUCACCAGAUCUCUCUUUUCAAGAUUGUGCUGUUGCUAGAACGACUUCAUUCUGUACAGAUAAUAAAACAGCUGAUCAUUUAUGGCAAUUAAGUGCUAAAGCAGUUGGAUUGAAAUAA